GGUGUGGUGGUAAUAUGAGAUACAUGGAUAACAUGUGGAGAUGGAGGAUGGCUGAGCAUUGGAGUGACAGACCACAUGUUGGCAGGGGUCAUGGGACCGUGGUGAUGGAGGUCUACUGGGGGACGUUCUGGCCCUCUGACCCUUUGACCCUUGUAUAUUCUCCAUUGUGCUGACAGAUUGACCAGACAAAGCGCUUACUAGGCGCUUUGACAUACUAGAUUUAUAGUCUAUUCAUUCCACUAAAGAAAAACAUACAUACCAGAGAAAUAUGCCUAUAAGCAAUUGGAUACCCUAGGGAUAGCGGGGACAGAACAAAGAGUGCAUUUAUUUAGUGGUGAGGGGAAGGACACAGAGUAUGUUGACACUAAGAUAGAGGGUCUGACCACUAUUAUAAUUUAACUGAAAGCAGAUGAUGACCGUUAGUAUGUGUGAACAAGCAGGAAGCCUGAACUAAAAAGAUAAUGAUGGCAGGAAGGAUAGGGGAAGUAUGCUUAUUUGCAUAUGGGGUGGACUCAUAUGCUAUUUGUGUAUAAAGAGCGAACUAGUGCUCUGGGAGUGUGUGUGUUCCGCGGACAUUCCAAAUUGCAAUACAAUUGUAAUAAAAACAUUUAUUUGAGUUUUACAAAAGUUCUUGUAAGAGUUAUAUUUGAAGUGAUUUUCCACGACAGAACUUGGCGAGCUUGGCCAGGAGUGACAGGGACGGGGACAUUCUUGGCUGAUGACGGGUUCUUUGGACAGUCUGACAAACAAGGGUGGCCGCCCAACUAUAAUAAGGUGGUGAAUCGCAUCUCUGCAUGUCUGGCAGACAUAUCAGUGUGGAUGACGGAUCACCACCUCAAGCUGAACCUCGGCAAGACGGAGCUGCUCUUCCUCCCGGGGAAGGACUGCCCGUUCCAUGAUCUCGCCAUCACGGUUGACAACUCCAUUGUGUCCUCCUCCCAGAGUGCUAAGAACCUUGGCGUGAUCCUGGACAACACCCUGUCGUUCUCAACUAACAUCAAGGCGGUGACCCGUUCCUGUAGGUUCAUGCUCUACAACAUUCGCAGAGUACGACCCUGCCUCACGCAGGAAGCGGCGCAGGUCCUAAUCCAGGCACUUGUCAUCUCCCGUCUGGAUUACUGCAACUCGCUGUUGGCUGGGCUCCCUGCCUGUGCCAUUAAACCCCUACAACUCAUCCAGAACGCCGCAGCCCGUCUGGUGUUCAACUUUCCCAAGUUCUCUCACGUCACCCCGCUCCUCCGCUCUCUCCACUGGCUUCCAGUUGAAGCUCGCAUCCGCUACAAGACCAUGGUGCUUGCCUACGGAGCUGUGAGGGGAACGGCACCUCCGUACCUUCAGGCUCUGAUCAGGCCCUACACCCAAACAAGGGCACUGCGUUCAUCCACCUCUGGCCUGCUCGCCUCCCUACCUCUGAGGAAGUACAGUUCCCGCUCAGCCCAGUCAAAACUGUUCGCUGCUCUGGCACCCCAAUGGUGGAACAAACUCCCUUACGACGCCAGGUCAGCGGAGUCAAUCACCACCUUUCGGAGACACCUGAAACCCCACCUCUUUAAGGAAUACCUAGGAUAG